AUGGAUAGAAUAGUCAGCAGCUGUCAAGGCGACGAGUGUAUCGGUGUAGAACAUGUGGAGACCAGAAGAUUGUUGUUUGCAGACGACCGUGUUUCAUUGGCAUGUUCUGAAACUGAUCUUCAGUGCUCCUUAGAAAGGUUCGCAGCCGAGUGCGACGUGACCGGCAUGGGUGUGAACGCAUAGACAGUAGAACAGGUGAAGUUCAAGUACCUCGGAGUCGUAUUUACUAGUGAUGGAAAAUUUGAGGAAGAAAUCGAUCGGCGAAUUGGAGUAGCCAGUGGCAUUCCGCGUGCACUAGCCCGAACCACUGUGACUAAUGCAGAGCUGAGUCUGAAAACCAAGCACUCGGUGUUCAAGUCGAUCUUCACACAGAUACUCACAGAUCAGCCGCUGGCCUUACGGGUCUCGACAUUGUUUGGAGCAGAGAAAUGCAAGAGAACCUGUGGUGUACAGCAGUGGCUUGUUCAGACUGAGAAGUUACAGCCGCGAUGGUUUCGGCACGUGUUGGGAAUGCUAGCAAAAUGGAACGCCAGAAUGAUGGCAUUUGCAAAACCGACUGAAAACCCAGACGACGGUUAUCUUCUGCAGAAACUCAGACUCUGGCACAGGAUCGGCAACUUCAGAGACAUUGUCUGA